GAACCAAAAAUGAAUUAAAGAUGUCUAUAUAAAUAGUGUCAUUGGGGUGGUCACUAAUAAUAAUCAAUACAGCAAUCAUAGGAAUUGAAUUUGAGGAAGAUUAUUAAUUAUUAAUUAUUAAUUAAGAAUGUUGAACUGGGGACCAGUGCUAGUGUCGGUGGUGCUGUUUGUGUUAUUAACACCAGGGUUGUUGUUUCAGGUGCCUGGAAGAUCAAGGUGUGUUGAAUUUGGUAACUUUCAAACAAGUGCUGCUUCCAUUCUCAUUCAUUCUCUUCUCUUCUUUGGUCUCGUUUGUGUUUUCCUCAUCGCCAUUAGAGUCCAUCUCUACACCGGCUGAAAAUUAUUGGCUAUUUUAAUAUUUUUAUUUCAUUCUUUCAGAGGAAUUCAUUUUAUUUCCGACCAUAUAAUAAUAAUUGUGGUUGGUUUAAUGUUGUUUUCUUUUUAAUAUUAUUAAGGUAAAAAUUCAGAUGCAGUCGAUUUCAUGUGAAGUUGAUAUCUGAGAGAUGAUUUGACUAAUUUGACUAAAUUUUCAUCUAACAGCUCUCAGAUAUCAACUUUACAUUUAGUCGACUGCAACUAAGUUUUCACUUAUUAUUAAGUGUUUAUUCUUGUUUUUUUCCUGGAGUUUAAUUUGA